GCCGUGUAGAGGACAAAAAAAGAAUGUCAUUUUUUGUUUAACGAGAGUCCAGAAAAUUACUCAAAUUAAUAGUCAUACAAACAGGUACAGAGUUAGGAGGCAAUUAAUGAUAACUAGUAAAUGUUGAACAAUACAAUGUGUGUAGUACACCCUUUCAAAAAAGAAGAUAACACCUCUUCUUAAAUACCAGUACAUUCAAAUCAACAUGCACAGCACAGAACCACAAAGCUAGCUGAAGUAAAGCCUUGUUCUCCCAUUUUCAGUUCCAGCUAAAGAUGGGAUCAGAAGUUGCAGCAGAAAGGUAUGCAGUGGUGACAGGGGCAAACAAAGGAAUUGGGUUUGAGAUAGUUAAGCAGUUAGCUUCAGCUGGAAUCAAAGUGGUGCUUACUGCAAGAGAUGAGAAAAGGGGUCUUCAAGCUUUGGAAACACUCAAAGCCUCUGGUUUAUCUGAAUUUGUUGUUUUUCAUCAAGUGGAUGUGGCUAAUGCUGCAAGUGUAGUUACUCUUGCUGAGUUUGUCAAAUCCCAAUUUGGCAAACUUGAUAUUCUGGUUAACAAUGCAGGGAUUAGUGGAACUGUAAUCAAUGACAAAGAUUUAGCUACUUUGCUUAUCGCUAACCCUGGAGCAUUAUCAGAAGAGGAAAAGAACAAGGCAGUGACUCAAACAUUUGAGUUAGCUGAAGAAUGCUUACAAAUAAAUUAUUAUGGUACUAAAAUAACUACUGAAUCACUUCUGCCACUCCUAAAAUUAUCUGAUUCACCGAGAAUUGUGAAUGUUUCAUCAAGUUUGGGGAAGUUAGAGAGCAUACUAAAUGAAGAGGCUAAAACCGUCUUGAGUGAUGCGGAUAACCUAACUGAAGAGAAAGUCGAUGAAGUAUUGAAGAAGUUUCUCGAAGAUUUCAAAGUAGGUUCGUUGGAAAGCAAAGGCUGGCCUAAAACUGGUGGUGCUUAUGUCUUAUCUAAAGCUGCUAUUAAUGCUUAUACAAGAAUUGUUGCGAAGAGUUUCCCGACUAUAAGCGUCAAUAGUAUUUGCCCUGGUUAUGUCAUCACAGAUAUAACCAGCAAUACUGGUGUGUUAACAGCUGAAGAAGGUGCUGCAAGUGUUGUGACGCUAGCACUACUUCCCAAUGGGGGUCCGUCUGGCCAAUUCUAUAACCGGACCGAAGUCGCUACCUUCUAAUAAGUACUAGAACUUGUGAUUUAAGGACAAAGUGUGUUACUUUGCUUUUUUAUCAUUGUUAUUAUUAUUGUUGUUGUUUUUGUUGCAUCAUGUUUUAUAGAUAUAAUAACAAGACUUAUUAUAUAUCUAAUGAAUAACACGUGAUAAAUUACUAGCUAAUUCUGUGUAUUCAUCUUGUACUAUUAAUUAAGCGAUGUACCAAGUUGUAUGUCAGAUUAAGAAAGUUGCUUAUCUGCAAAAGUAUAAUUGUAUAUAUUGUGGAAUGAAAUUUCAAA